AUGGAUAGCAACAAUUUGGGACCAGUGCAGCAAACAAUCCAAGAAAAGUUAAAAUCAUUUUAUAAGCCAACAUAUCUUGAAGUUGUUAACGAAAGUUACAAACAUUCUGUACCAAAAGGGUCAGAAUCACAUUUCAAAGUUGUAGUAGUGUCGGACAUUUUUGACGGACAAAGUCACAUACAAAGACACAGAGGAGUUAAUAACCUUCUCAAAGAAGAACUUUCCGGAAAAAUUCACGCCCUUUCUAUUCAAGCAAAGACACCAUCUCAGUGGAAAGCAUCAGAUCAAUUCGUGGACAGCACCCCUCCCUGUUUGGGUGGCUCUAAAGCUGAUAGAAAGUGA